AUAUUUACUUUAUAUAAUACUCUUGAUUGUUCAAAAACCCUCUUGAUGCUCUCACUAAAAAUAAACAAAUACAUAAAACAAGUAACUGUCUUUCCACAACAUUUUAACAAAUCCCACCUGGUGAUUGAUAUUUUGAGAUUUAAAAAUGAAACAUGUCUAUAUCAGUGCAUUAGUCUGAGUCAGGCUGAAGAUGCUUAUAGCUUUUAACCAUUCUACAUUCAAUCACAAUUCAAAGAAGGAAAUUAGGUAGGAACCAAACAGUCUAUGGUAGGAACCAAUGAAACCAGGCUGUGUAGUGUGUCGAACACGUUGGCCGGCGUAACGGAAGUUUAGACGGUUGCUCAGGGUGAGCCUUUACAGUGAACAGAAAACACAAAAACACAAAAAUCUCCUUUCUGUUAACCCUCUCCCUUACACCGCCCAUGGCGUCCAAUUCAAAUAUUGACAUUGAGGGUGCGACGCAGCAUUUGCGGGACAUCCUGAAGCUGGACCGCGCCGGCCCUGAUGCCCAGUCAUCAGAUGAACAGAGGAAAUCUUCUUUUAAUGGAGAGCUGAACGGGUUAUUGGGAGCUGCAGGACUUCUUGGGAGUGUUGAUCACUCUCUCACGACAGAAUUAUCCAGGCCCAUUUCCCAAGACAUGAGUAGCUCCAAGGACAGUCAGAUAAUCCGCCUUUCUGGUGAUAAUGGGUCCACUUGUAAACCCAUCACUUCUAACAAUGUGGAGAUAGUGGCAAGUCAAGACUCAAGCAUCAACAGCAAAGCUCGUGGCAGUAACAAGGUGAAGAUUCAGCCAGUUGCAAAGUAUGAUUGGGAACACAAAUAUUACUACGGCAGACUUAUAGCCGUCUCAAAUUCAUUUUUGGCUUAUGCUAUUAAAGGGGCUAACAACCAUGCAAUGAUUCGUGUCUUGAGCAUUGGUUUUACUGAGCGUGCACUGCUCAAAGGAUUCACUGGAGCCGUCACAGAUCUGGCUUUUGCCCACCUUGACUCCUCUCUUUUGGGAUGUGUCGAUGAAGCUGGUAAUCUGGUUGUCUGGCAGCUCACUUGCACACCCAGCAAAAUCCUGGAUGAAGUUGUUGUUCAUAUUCGCCGUCCAGAAAAUACUCCAUUGAAUCCUCAUCGUCGUCUUAUUUGGUGCCCGUUUAUCUUGGAUGAUAAUGAGGAGAACCAGGAUGACAUCAGUCAGACACUAGCACUUCUACAUGAAGAUAGGGCUGAAGUGUGGGACCUUGAAGCUCUGAGAGCUAACUACAGCACAUGGCCUAUUGAUGCAUCAGAUGUCAGAGAAGGCCUGAUUACAGUGAAGGGCCAUACACAGAGGGUUAGUGAAGGAGCACUUUCCCCAGAUGGUACUGUGUUGGCAACAGCCAGUCAUGACGGAUACAUCAAGUUCUGGCAGAUUUACAUUGAAGGUGCACAAGAUAAGCCGAGGUGUCUUCAUGAGUUACGGCCCCAUGGAGGUCAGCCCCUCUCUUGUCUUUUGUUCUGUGACAAUCACAAGAGACAAGAUCCUGAGGUUCCAUUCUGGCGCUUUCUGAUUACUGGAGCUGAUCAGAACCAGGAGUUAAAGAUGUGGUGUACUGUGUCCUGGACAUGUUUACAGACUAUCAGGUUUUCCCCAGAUCCCUACAACUCCACUGUACUUCCAAGUCUUAAGGCGAGCUUAGACCUCUCUGCUGAGUAUUUGAUUCUCACUGAUGUGCAACGGAAGGUUCUCUAUGUGAUGGAGUUGGAGCAAGACCUUGAGAAGGGCAAGGCUAGUUUUACUGCUGUAUCUGAGUUUCUCCUCACUCACCCAGUGCUCAGCUUUGGGGUCAGAGAUGUGACACAGAGUCGUCUCCGACAUACCGAGGUCCUGCCAGCAGAAGAAGAGGGUGAGAGUUUGACAACAGAAGGCUCUCAAGGAGCUGCAGAGUCUAAGUCCGGUAUUCAAAUUAAACUCUACUGUGUCCACACAAAGAGCCUACAGGAUGUUCAAAUAUUAUUUCAAUCAAAUGUGGGUUCUAGUCCUGCAGAUUUCCUGCCACAUUCAGAUUCACAGGAUGGCUUUGGGUUUUCAGACCAUUUGACAGACCAGAGCUCGGACAAGGACUCGGGGAGUGGAUCCCAGACUGAUCUGAGGAAAAUUCCUUCUCUUCCAGCUCCAGCCGACUUUCUAACAAACUCAGCGGCCAAACUCAUGACUCCUGAUGCCUUUAUGACACCAAGCACUUCGGUUCCUGCUUCACCUGGUAGUAGUGCAAGCAGUCUCACGAUUGUAACUGCUAUAAGCAGCAAUUCAGACUCAACCAACAGGGCAUUGGAUGAUGUGAGCCAGAGUCCAAACAGAGUGGAGAACAGCAGCAGCAGUCUGGGCCUUUCUGCAUCCUGCAGUAGUCCGAGAGCAGUCUCUGCACUUCUUCCUGCACUGGAUGGCAUUCAGGCUCCCAGUGGUCCACUUGUUUUGGAUGGACCCCAGGUCCUAGACUCUCCUCUUCUCCCACCCUUGGCCUCACCAACUCGAGCUCGCUCCCCUGAUGUAAUCUCGUCUGCAUCCACCGUCAUGUCUCAGGACAUGCCAGAGAUCGCAUCUCAGACUCUGCAGCUUCAGCGUGGACUUGUGUCUACAAUGGACCCUUUACCCCUCUCGACUCUGCAGACAGACAGCAUGGCCUCUGCUGCUUCUGCACUGCACCUGCUCACCUCACCACGGGCUGCCAACAACAGCUUUUUGCCCCUGGAGCUUGGAGGUGCUGAGGGUCCAGUGGGUGGGUCUUCGGAGGCAGAAAACAGACUGAGUCACACUCCGUCUUUACUGGAAACGGCGCUACCUCAGGAGAACCCUGGAGUCUGCGCAGGAGCCUCAGAAGGAAGUGUAGCCCAUACACCAUGGCCAGCUGCCCCUGAUAUUACCAGAGAAACCAGAAACAGUCUUCGGGACAAUGGCAUAGUAGACUGUUCAAGAGAAGAUUCCAAAGAUGGACACCUAACUUCACCUUAUCAUCGGCGCUCCUAUCAUCUCACUCCAAAUGACAGCCAGGACCCAGGAACAGAGCAGAGUGAUCCUGAUGAUGAGGUAGCCAGUCUGGCAUCGUCUUCAGGAAACUGUGCAUCACGUUCAGCUCACAGAAUGCAGGUGAAGGAAUGGAAGGGCUCACCACGGAGCUCACCUAAAUUAAAGCGAAAAAACAAGAAAGAAGACAGGGAAUCGUCUCAGCUCCGGCAGUAUAGUCCUGGACAGGUGAAUUCUGAGGUGCAAGAGGAGCUGUUAAUGCUUUUGCGCAACCAGCAGAGGGAGUUAACUGAUCUUCGAGGACAAAUUGAAGCCAUGAAGUGCUCCAUUAUGUCUCAGGUUGAGCACACUUUGAGCAGCUAUCAGGAACAAGAGCAGCGCAGGAUGGAGCGGCUGCUUGUUGAAAGUCAGAGUCAACAACAGCAGCUGCAGGAGCAUCUGAGCCAGCACCUCAGCCAAACCCUGAGCUCUGCCCUGACCAACAGGAUGGACCGAGUACUGCGGGAAGAGAUGAAGAAAACUAUUCCACAAACAAUCUCCAAGAGUCUGGAGCCCGUUUCAGGUCAAAUGAACAACACAAUUGCUGCUAAACUGACCGCUGUGGAGGUCACACUAAAAGACAAUGUCACUAAAGUGGUCAAAUCGAAGAACACAACAGAUGCUAUUGGUCGAGCUGCAGCAGAGGCCAUGCAGGGAUCCAUACAGGCAGCUUAUAAAGAUGCUUUCCAGACUGUUGUGCUUCCUGUGUUUGAGAGAGGCUGCCAGUCUAUGUUUCAGCAGAUUAACGAUAGCUUCAAACAGGGAACACAAGAAUACAUUCAACAACUUGAAAGUCACGUGAAGAACAGAAAGCAAAGGGAGCAAGAUGCAAGGGACCCCAUGAUUGCUCAACUCCAGCAGAUGAUUGACAGCUUCCAGAACUCCACUGAGCAGUUGAGCACCAGUAUCACUGCUAAUGUGCGGGCAGAGGUCCAGCACCAGGUCCAGAUGAUGGUGGGAAAUUUGCAGGAGUCUAUUCUUAGCCACGUACAGAGGAUUGUUAAAGGAGAGGUGAGCCUGGCGAUGAAAGAGCAGCAGGCAGUGGUCACCUCCAGCAUCAUGCAGGCCAUGAGGUCAGCAGCCGGUACACCUGUCCCCACGGCCCACCUCGACUACCAGACCCAACAGGCCAACAUCCUCCAGCUCCUACAGCAGGGACAACUCAACCAAGCCUUUCAGCAGGCUCUCUCAGCAACAGACUUGAACCUGGUGUUGUAUGUGUGUGAGACCAUCGACUCCCAGCAGGUGUUUGGACAGCACCCCUGUCCCCUCAGCCAACCAGUGCUGCUGUCACUCAUCCAGCAGCUCUCCUCCAACCUCUCCACCCGCUCCGAGCUCAAAAUCAGUUACUUGGAGGAUGCUGUGAUGAAUCUGGACCACAGCGACCCUUUGACCCGUGAUCACAUGGCAUCAGUUCUGGCCCAGGUUCGGCCCAAGCUCUUCUCGUACCUGCAGCAGGACCCCCACAGUGCGUUGAGCAAGAGGGCCCGCCGUCUCAUGAUGAUGCUGCAGGGCCUGGUCAACCACUAGCUUUUGUUUGGGACCAUUUACACAUGCGCUACCCAGGCUUCAGCUCGCGCUCACAGGGGAAAUUCAUCCACUUCUCUGAUUUUACAAGCCUCUUUGUGUUUUUUGCAUCUAGAUUAUAGGAAAUAGCUGAGCGUUUGACCUAAAGAAUGGCGCGGUCGUGAAAAUCGUCCUCCCGUAGCCAUUGGUCAAGACAGAACUGCUGAUUCAUGUCAACAGCAAGAAUACAGUGGCCCAUGGAGGCGAUGUUUUUUUUUUUUUCUUUCAUUUACUUUUAAACGUGCAAUGUGUAACUUUCUGCCAACAGCUUGUUUCCAUGGAGGUGUUUUUGUUUUGCCUGUAAUUUUCUACAGCACGCCAUUAAACAUUUCCAUUUCCAAAGAAGCAAGCAAGUGACUCUACAAAGUUACAGGGCAGAUCUGUGGAGAGGUGACUACACUGACAAUGAGAAUGCAGGUUUUUAAGGUAUUUUUGCGCAAUAAAAAUAAUAAUAAUUGGCUUAAUGUAAGACAGAUGCGUUUUAUGGGAUACUGUGGAACAUUCCAGGCAAAGCAGUAACAUCUCCAUGUAGACAAUUGCCUGAAAAGUUGCAUAGUGCAUCUUUAAGGCGGAGAACGUGAAUUAUGUUCUAAUGCGUACUCUCUUGGCUUUAGUAGAGACUGUGAAUGUCAGCCUGAACGAGUCCACAUCAGCAAAUAAAGCAGGUUUUGUUUUAGGCUGGGACUGAUGCAAGACCUGUUCUAUAACGCUGCUGCGUCUGUGAAGGCUGCCGUGCUGUUUUCAAGACUCAACACCAUCUGGAAUUUUGUCAUAUCAGAUUUCCUCCUGCUUUUUUUUUUUUUAUAUAAACAAGCAAACAACGUCGAACUAGUUGUACUAUACCCCAGCAACCAGAAAAAUCCCGCCACCAUGCUAUCUUGUGGUUGUUUUGAGUCAGUUAUUUCUUAAUGGGCUUGACACCUGAAUUCUGAGGUGGUAUACUGAAUGUCCAGAUGUUUAAUAGCAAUUUUUUUUUUUUCCAUUACAAAGAAAGCUAUUUUUUUUACACCCCCCUAACUAUUAUUUUGAGGCUUACCUGCAACAGAAAUCCCCUUUGCGACACUCUGAUCCAAUGCACAGUGUAUUAACCGUCCCAUGUACAGUUCUGUCCAGAGAAUCAGAUUAUACUGCGCCUUCUUAUGUUGCUCCAUUUUAAUAUUCACAUUAAGUAUUUGACUUGUAUUCUUUAAGAGGUUUCAGACUAAGUAUACACUUCUUACUGUUAUCAUGAUCAUAUUCUUUUAUCAGGUUAUUUCAGAUUAAGGUAGUGAAUUAAAUGCGCAGUUACGUGAAAUAGACUCUAGGAGGCAGCACUUAGUUGGACUGCAGAGAUUCGGCCUGCUUUGCUUAUUAUUGGAUUUUUUUUCUUUUUUUUUCGAUUCAUUCCUGGUCCUGCAGCUUCUACAGACUCCAGUUUCUAAGCAAGCCUUUAGGUUUGAAGCAUUAUUUGUUCAUGUUGUGUAAGAUAUUGUUUGUACAGCUCGCGUGCAGAGAUCAUAGUUUAACGGCAGGGUGACCACUUUAUUGCUGAUGGACGCCGUGUCGUUCAAGUUUGAGUCAGUUCCAUUGGAUUUGUCUAGCAAGUGCCUUAUUGUAUUGUCUCAUUUGCAUAGAUUAUAAUCCUUAGUUUGUUACGCGAGACAUGUUACGAGACAUCUCCCUUUAGGUUCCAAGCGGUCUGUUUUGUCAUUAAAACGAAAUAAACGGUUCAAUCUUAAAUCGCAGCGCUGAAGGUAACUCGUAUUUUCCAAACUGUACAUGCACUCUUGUGUUGAACUACUCACUGCUCUGGUAGUCCUCUGGGUUUUUGCGUGUCCCAGGCCAUGUGCACAGAUGCAACUGAAUCUUAAAACUGCGUCUUUCUGUUCAUAAAACUGAUUUUCUGUUGUAACUUUUACAGUUUGUUUUAUCCUAAACAUUUUGGAAUAAAAAAAAAGUGUUCAUUA